UCUCUCUCUCUCUCUCUCUCUCUCUCUCUCUCUCUCUCUCUCUCUCCACGCAUACAAGCAUACACAUACGCACACACACACACAUUCUUCCAUCAACCAAGAAACUCCAUUCUCACUGAAACAAACCGGACUUCACAAUGAGAAUGACACUAAAACACCUCUUUGUUCUGUGUAUAAUUAGUACUUCCAUAGGGAUUUAUAUUUUAAGUCACAUACGAUUGUACAAGCUAUGCAGAUUACAUGAAAACAUGAAAAUAAAACAACGAGUCUAUGGCCCAUUGAAAAUCACCAACGAGGAUACAUGGAAAGUAAAAACUGCUGCUCAGAAGUUGCUACACAUGAUACUGGAAAGUGAUAGCACCUUUUCCUUGUUAGGAUUUGAUGGACCUUUGGAACGCAUGGAUUUACUUUGUUGGAUGUAUCUAUCGCAGACGGCCACAAAACGCGGUUUGAAAGCAAACAGCAGCGAUUGUUUGCAACCUCCGCCUGGAAAAGAAUGGAAAACGGUACCCAAAAACGUAUUUUAUAUAAUUUAUGGAGCAUACAAUUUCACGUUUUUGAAUUACAUGAGUGCGUUCAGCAUCCGACGAGUAAUACCUGAUGCUAAUAUCUAUGUGAUUGGUGAUCAAAGCCCGAUAGGGUUUUGGUGGAGAAAAUUGCUUGAAGACGUACGCGGUGUUAAAAUUGUGUAUAGGACGAGACCACAAAGAAUAUUUAACCAAACAAUAAAAAUAAAGCCACAUGCUACCGAUGUUAUACGACUGCAGAUUCUGAUAUUGAGCGGUGGGAUUUAUCUUGAUCCGGACAUUCUAUUCCUGCGACCAAUCGACCAUUUCCGGCAGCCAGUCCUUACAAUGGGCCUAAUCGACCCAGCAACCGGUAUAGGGAACGGUUUAAUAUUUGCCAAAAUACACUCCAAGUUCUUAGAAUAUUGGUACGAAAGUUACAGAAACUUUAACUCUAGUAUUUGGGGAGUUCAUUCAAUGGCAAUACCACUGAAGCUAUCAAAAAUAUAUUCACACCUUAUUAAGGUAGAUAAAGGACAUAUUUAUCAUCCGAACUGGUUUGAGCUUGAGAAACUUUUUCUUAAAGUGGUCCCUUGGGAUAAAAAUGUAGCUGUACAUAUGUGGACUCACCAUCAAUACCGUCUGCCUCAAUCUCUGAAAGAUACAGACACUUUAAAUACAACAGCCGGUCAAAUGUUAAGAUAUGUCUAUUACAACGACACACGUUUACGGCGAUAAAAACAAAAGACAUCCCGUUAAGACAGCGAAAACUUAAUUUUAUUAUUUAUAUAUUUUUUGUUUGGUGGCUUGGGGUGGACAAUCUUUCAUAAUACCUGGUGUGCAAAUUUCAAGUGCUUAAGAACCUGCAAGGUGCAUAU